AUGUUCUUAAGCAAGCUUCCUAGACAAAUCAUUGCUCGACCUUCUAUCAAGCCUUCAUUCACUCGUUCAAUCACUGCAACAGCAACGACAAAAAGAUGUUUGACAGAACAACCCCUAUAUAGACACAAGGGCCAUCGUUUCUACUCGACUACACAACAAAAGGCCACUCCACCACCAUCACCACCACAGACAUUUACAUGGAAAUCUGCUGUUGUUUUGGCCAUUACAGCGGUAGGCCUUGUUGUCUAUUUCAGAGGAGAAAAGGAGAAACUACGAGCUCAAAAAGCCAAACGUGAGCGCGAUACCAUCAAAGCCAUGGGUCGCCCACACAUUGGCCAGCCAUUUGAACUAUUCAACGUCAAUGAAAACAAGCGCACCACCUCUGAAGAAUUGAUGAAUGGACGAUUCACCAUGAUCUACUUUGGAUUUACACAUUGCCCUGACAUUUGUCCCGAGGAAUUGGACAAAAUGGCUGAAGUUGUAGAUGCUGUCAAGGAGGAAUAUGGUGAUCAUGUGCUGACACCUGUGUUUAUCACUUGCGAUCCAUUGAGAGACACAGCAGAAGUAGUGAAAGAUUAUGUGCAGGAUUUCCAUCCUGAUUUGGUCGGAUUCACUGGCUCGCCUGAAGAGCUAAAGCAAGUGGCUAGAUCUUAUCGUGUUUACUCGUAUACACCACCCAAUGUCUCCGUGGAUGAUGAUUAUUUGGUAGACCAUUCGAUUUUCAUCUACUUGAUGGACCCUCAAGGCAAAUUCAUUGAUUGUUAUGCAAGGGAUACAACAUCCGAUGAAGUGUUGCACAGCUUCAAGAAUUAUAUGAAGGAUUAUCUCCAAGAUGGCGGAAAAUUGAAGUCAAUGAAAUAA